AUGGAAGUGGGACUUGAGGCUGGGUGUACUCCCGGCAUGGCUCCUGACCACCUGUGGACCUUUCAGUUGCAAAACGCUCCUCCAUUCACUGCAAAGAGCAACCUAUGCCAUGUGGGGAAGCUGGGCAAAGAGCAGCACGGGGCUUUGUGCGAGACAGAAAAGGAGAAAGGCAGACUGCAGGCUCUUCCUCAGGCAGACCAACUUCAGGAAGAAGUAAAUGCGGAAUUUGAGAAGCAGGACAUCAUGUCCUUAAAUCUGUCCGUGCCUGUGUACCCUCUGGAAAACCUUCCUGUGCCCUCAGGGGAGGAAUCUCACACAAUCUCAUCUAACUCUCACAGUGACAACAAAGCUGCCAGGAGUAACACAAUGGGCGAGGGUCCCGGUGGGACAUGGACCAGUGCCGGGACAGAGUGUGGGGCCAACAGGAGGGUCCUGGGCUUGAAGGGCCUGCCGCACCUUCCUGUCCACAGUUCCACCUUCUCCCCAAGGCAUGUAGUGCUCCUGCUGCUUCUCCCUCUCUCUUUGGAGGAGACAUCUUCAUCGCCAAUGAAAAGAGUCAAAGAGAAACCAGGAGUGUGCCCCCAUGAGAGGAUCACCUGUGAAACUAAAGUUCCAGAUUGGUGCCAAACUGAUGGGCACUGCGUGGAACAGAUGAAGUGCUGCUCAUUUGCCUGUGGGAAGAAGUGCAUGGAUCCACUCCAAGAACCCUGCAUGCUACCCUCAGAGCAAGGAAACUGUAACAGUAAUAUCAUGCACUGGUAUUUUGACAAUAAACAUCACCUCUGCAAACCCUUUACCUAUGGAGGCUGCUAUGGGAAUGCUAACAACUUCAUCAGCAAGGAACACUGCAUAAUGGCUUGCACAUUAAUUGUCAAGAAAGGACAUUGCCCACUCUUCCCUUUCAAGAACCGUAUGGAGUGUUCAUCUCUGUGUAAGAGUGACAUCGAUUGCCCCCAAAGUGACAAAUGUUGUGAAUCCAUGUGUGGCUUUGUUUGUGCCAUGGCCUGGACAGCCAAAUCAGGUUUCUGCCCACACAAGCCUGUGGUGUGUUCCACAUUUGAUAGACCCAAGUGCCUUCAGGAUAAUGAUUGCCCAGUGUCACAGAAGUGCUGUUCACAUUGUGGACUGAAGUGCCUGGAACCUCAAAAAUAAAUAGUAAGUGGAAACCUUGCCAAGCUGUCUUAAGAAGUAUAACAAUAUUUUAUUCCAUUGAUCUAUGUGUCUGUUUUUGUGCCAGUACCAUACUGUCUUGAUGAUUACAGCUUUGUAAUACAGCUUGAAGUCUGGAACUGCGAUGCCUCCAGCUUUGGUUUUCUUCAAUAAUACUUUGGAUAUUUGGGGUCUUUUCU